GUUUGAAUGUGCCAUUGCGCGAGACUAGCGCGAGCUCCACGCUGCAUGAACUGACCUACAGGCCUCUUUUCGCGGCAUGUGAUGGAGUGGCAGCCAGAUGAACAAAGCCUCCAGCAGGUGCUUCAGCUCCUGAGAGACUCACAGUCUCCGAACACAGCAACACAGAGAGCUGUACAGCAGAAACUAGAGCAGCUGAACCAGUUUCCUGAUUUCAACAACUAUCUCAUCUUCGUCCUGACAAGGCUGAAAACUGAAGAUGAGCCAACUAGAUCUCUCAGUGGUUUGAUACUGAAGAAUAAUGUGAAGGUCCACUAUCAGAACUUCCCACCUACUGUAGCACACUUCAUCAAGCAGGAAUGUUUAAACAACAUUGGAGACCCGUCCCCACUCAUCCGUGCUACUAUCGGCAUCCUUAUCACAACGAUUUCCUCCAAAGGCGAGCUGCAGACAUGGCCGGAGUUACUGCCUCAGCUGUGCAACAUGCUCAACUCUGAGGACUAUAACACCUGUGAGGGUUCAUUUGGAGCUUUGCAGAAGAUCUGUGAGGACUCAUCUGAGCUGUUGGACAGCGAUGCUUUGAAUCGACCCCUCAACAUCAUGAUUCCCAAAUUCCUGCAGUUCUUCAAACACUGCAGCCCCAAGAUCAGAUCUCAUGCUAUUGCCUGUGUGAACCAGUUUAUCGUUGGAAGAGCUCAGGCCCUGAUGGACAACAUUGACCUGUUUAUUGAGAGUCUGUUUGUGCUGGCUGCAGAUGAGGACUCUGAGGUGAGGAAGAAUGUGUGCAGAGCUCUGGUCAUGCUGCUGGAGGUGCGAAUCGACCGGCUCAUCCCACACAUGCAGAGCAUUGUAGAGUACAUGCUGCAGCGCACACAGGACCCGGAUGAGAACGUGGCUCUGGAGGCCUGUGAGUUCUGGCUUACGUUGGCUGAGCAACCAAUCUGUAAGGACGUCCUGUCUGGACACCUUGCACAGUUGGUUCCUGUUCUGGUGAAUGGGAUGAAAUACUCUGAGAUUGACAUCAUUUUGUUAAAGGGUGACAUGGAAGAGGACGAGGCUGUGCCAGACAACGAGCAGGACAUCAAGCCACGCUUUCACAAGUCUCGUACGGUCACCCUUCGUCAUGAGGGAGCUGAGGGGGAGGAAGGAGAGGACAGCGAAGAUGAUGACGACGAUGAUGAUGACAGUCUGUCUGAUUGGAAUUUACGCAAGUGUUCAGCUGCUGCCCUCGAUGUCUUGGCAAAUGUUUUUCGUAACGAUUUGUUGCCUCAUCUGCUUCCACUGCUGAAGGAUCUUCUGUUCCACCCGGACUGGGUCGUGAAGGAAUCUGGCAUUUUGGUGCUGGGAGCCAUUGCUGAAGGCUGUAUGCAGGAUAUGAUGCAGUACCUGCCUGAGUUGGUUCCUCACCUGAUCCAGGGUUUGUGUGAUAAGAAAGCUCUGGUACGCUCCAUCGCCUGCUGGACUCUAAGCCGUUAUGCACACUGGGUGGUCAGCCAGCCUUCUGACUCCUACCUCAAACCCCUGAUGACUGAGCUGCUCAAACGCAUCCUCGACAGCAACAAGAGAGUGCAAGAGGCCGCCUGCAGUGCAUUUGCGACUCUAGAAGAGGAGGCCUGCACAGAACUGGUUCCCUACUUGAGCUUCAUUCUGGACACACUGGUGUUUGCGUUUGGCAAGUACCAGCACAAGAACUUGUUGAUCCUCUAUGAUGCCAUCGGAACGCUUGCGGACUCUGUUGGGCACCACCUUAACCAGCCAGAAUACAUCCAAAAGCUCAUGCCCCCUCUUAUUCAGAAAUGGAAUGAUUUGAAAGACGAAGACAAGGAUCUGUUCCCCUUGUUGGAGUGUCUGUCUUCAGUGGCCACUGCUCUGCAAAGCGGCUUCUUGCCCUACUGUGAACCUGUCUACCAACGCUGUGUCACUUUGGUCCAGAAGAACCUUGCCCAAGCCAUGAUGUAUAAUCAGCAGCCUGACCAAUACGAGGCUCCUGAUAAAGACUUCAUGAUUGUGGCUCUUGAUCUGCUCAGCGGUCUGGCUGAGGGUCUUGGGGGAAAUGUAGAUCAACUGGUCGCCCGCAGCAACAUCAUGACCCUGCUCUUCCAGUGUAUGCAGGACACUAUGCCAGAAGUGAGACAGAGUUCCUUUGCGCUGCUGGGUGACCUGGCUAAGGCCUGCUUCCCUCAUGUCAAGCCCUGCAUCUCUGAAUUUAUGCCUGUCCUGGGACUCAAUCUCAACCCUGAGUUUAUAUCGGUUUGCAACAAUGCCACAUGGGCCAUUGGAGAGAUCGCCAUACAGAUGGGUACUGAGAUGCAGCCAUUUGUGGCCUUGGUUCUCAAUAACCUUGUAGAGAUCAUCAACAGGCCUAAUACACCCAAAACUCUUCUGGAGAACACGGCCAUUACGAUUGGUCGACUGGGCUAUGUGUGUCCACAGGAAGUUGCACCCAUGUUGCCACAAUUUAUUCGUCCUUGGUGCACGUCACUUAGAAACAUUCGAGACAAUGAAGAGAAAGACUCCGCCUUUAGGGGCAUUUGCGUGAUGAUCGGGGUAAAUCCUGGAGGAGUGGUGCAGGACUUCAUCUUUUUCUGUGACGCUGUGGCCUCCUGGGUUACUCCGAAAGAUGAUUUAAGAGACAUGUUUUACAAGAUUCUGCACGGCUUCAAGGAUCAGGUAGGGGAGGAUAACUGGCAGCAGUUCUCAGAACAGUUUCCACCGCAGCUGAAGGAAAGACUUUCUGCCUGUUAUGGCGUGUAGAUUCCACACUUACUGACAUAGGAUGCAACUAUAAGGUCAAAUCUACGGGAGGGUUUCUGGGGAACUCAUCCAUGUCUGUUUGUGGGACCCACCUGCUGUUAGAGGGCAAAAGGCUUGAUGGUUUGUGAUCUGAAUUGGCUCCACUUCCUGUGUCUCUGUGGAUGAGAGUUAAUGUGAAAACAGCCUUUUUAUUGUCUCAGUUUGGCUUCUGACUUGCUCAGAAUGGGAUUUAAACCAGAAGCUCAGGGAUCUGGAUCGGGAGGGAGGGAACGUUUAGGCAUAAUUCACCAGCUGCUUAUUUGAGGAGUGAAUAAAGACACCACAUACUACUACUACUACAACAACAGCCUUAGCAAAGCCUGGCUUCUCAGCUAGAUGCCAAAAGCACACAGAAAAUGCAAUGCUUAAGGCUGGCUAUGCCUGAACAAAAUACUCUGUUAUCUCUUAAAAGGAUAGUUCACCCCAAAAUGGAAAUGGUUUACUCCUGCUCAUCCUGUUUGUUGCUCGAAACAUGCAUAUAUUUUUAUUUCUGUGCAAAGUAAAAUGAGAUGGCUGGCAAAAUGUCUAGGCUGCUUUUUUUCAUACGAGUGGAGUGAAUUAAAUCACAGCUUAUUUUUGCGGAAACAAACAGUGAAGAUCGUGUACAGUUUCUUCUAUGUGAAGCUUUAGAUGACUUUGAAUAUAGUGCACAAAUUAUAGUAGCCACAUUUAUGAUGCUUGUCAGUUUGGGGCUUGCUAACUGUAGUCUCAUCCACUUAAGUUGCAUGGAAAUGAUCAUUUUUGGGUGCACUAUCACUUUAAAAGUGAGACUGGUAAUGAAAUAGUUUUAACCACAUAUGGUGUCAGCCAAUGAUAAAGCAUGUGCUCAUUAUGAUGUAAUAAGGAGAUUAUCUUUAAUUUCACAGGUAUUUACAGUAGUAACCGUAGUACAUUAUGGGUCUUUUUUUCUGUAUUUCCUGCCUGCUUGAUUAGAAAAAACUACAAUUACAUUGAGGUUUUUUCAUUCCGUAAAGAUUAUGCUUUUUUCCAAGUUGAUGAUCACAAUUAUGUUGUAACCAGAUCUAGAAACGCAAUACUGUUUUAAUGAUGGUUAUGUAAUGUUGCAUUAAGCAGGUGCCUAGUUUUGUUUUCUCUGCUGAACUAAAACACAGCAAGAAGGGCAAUGAGAUUUAGUUCAAGUAACAAGUAAUCAUUUUUCGAGUUGUGUUUAAGCAUUAUUCAUUUUCUCAGUUUCACCUGCAAAGAUUGAACUGAAAACACCUGGACCUAGAAUUUACUGUAGAGAAUGAAAGUUUGCCGCCUCCACUUUUAACAUGUAUAAUAGGGAAUUAAUUCAUAGUGAUAAGGCUUAAAGUUAAGUUACAGGUUUUAAUUAUAUGCACUUUCAAAUAUAAGGAAUUAGGUUCCCUACUAAAAGAUGGGAAUUUAUUAGUUAUGAAGGCUGUUUUAGUGAUCAGUAUGAGUGUAUGACUUGUGUAAGGGUAAUCUAAUCAAUUAAGGAUCACAUGGAAGCCAAAGCAAUUUCUUCAAUGGGCUUAAAUUAACACCAAAUCUAGUUUUAGUGUAAAAGAUGGACAGCUAGCCUUUGUUAUAGCAUGUAAUUAAGGUCCUUCACAAUAUGCAGUCAUAUUCUUUAGACCGAUUGUGGGAAAACAUAUAGGUAAUGCAAGUCAGGAGGAAAGUGUUACUGAGACCUAGAUGGAAACUUUUUAAAUGGUAAAAACAAAAACGUAAUUUGUUUUUACUGCAUUUAAUUGGACAUGUUAUUCAAACUGUUUAAAAAAAUGACAAUUGGGCCCCUAUUUUAAAAGCCAGUUUAAGCAAUAUCCAUGUUUGUCUGUACAAGAGGACAGUUGCUCACAACUGCAUCUUAAGGUUUCUUCUCUCAAUAUUAAACACUAGCUCUGACAAUCUAACUUUUCAAUUCUUACGUCUUCGUAAGCUGCUCCACCCUUUGGGGUUUAGUUUUUGUAAAAUAAAGUGUUAGGAAAUAGGCUAUGCAUUUCAAAGGUUUGGAAAAGCAAUUUUCUUUUGAAGUUUAAUGGGGCAGUUUUUAAUCUGAAAUAACCCAAAAUGUAAAAACAUACACAUUAAUGUGAGGUGGGUAAGUUGUUGUCAUAUUUAAAAUCAUGCUGUUAAGUAUUUUGAAUUGGUUAACUGAAAUUGUUAGCAAAAUAGAAAAGUCAAAUUCUGGAUAAUUAGUGCACUGAUGCAUGUACUCCUGUUACUGUAAUGACGAUAUGCUGCCAAGCAGACCUGUUUUGCUUUUAUUUCCUUUGUUUUAUUUAAUGCAUUUUAAGUUUAGUUUUUGUUUUAAAGGUGCUUUUUAAUAUAUUUUGUUUUGUGCUUGCAUGCACAAAUAUUUUUUUUUAGACUUUAAAAGUUUUUUUUCUUUUAUUUUCUUUUUGUUUAAAGAAUUUUGUUUUAUUCCGACAGUUUAACCAUUUGGAAUGGAGAAAUGCAUUAGCUUAUGAUUUUUAGAAAGUCUGCUGAAGCAUUAUGAUUUGUGUUUUUCCUUCCCACUCCUCAAAUUGGUUGUUGACUUGUUUUUCCACUAAUCACCUGUUUAAAUUCUUUGAAUGGGGAAAUAAAUGUUUUCUGUC